UGCUGUUGCCUGUGUCUCUCUUCUGGUAUUCGCGGAGCCGCUGCGAGCUCCGAACAGAGUUGUUCGGUCCAAAAAGAGGCGUAAAGUAUCCUAGGUGCCACUGGAUGAAAACUUAAGGUGUUUUUUGCUGAGUUGCUUGUGCUCUGUCCAGCUAUACAGAGUUGGUUGCGAAACAGUUCUGUAAAUUCGCUUCGUGAUUUGAGACGCAAGCCAAAAUGGGUCGCUCAGAUGAACCUGAUAAUCAAGAAGUCAUGGGAGAUGCUAGAGAAAUUCGGGAAGAAGAUCCCGAAGGCCAAUUUAACGAGGAAGGUGAAGAGGGUUACGACGAGAUUCGAGAACUCGACGAAGGCUUUGUGGAUGAAAGAGUUUUCGAACCUUUUUUUUCAGAAAUUUCAACGGUCAACGAUGCUCUGGACAAUAUCAGCCAGGCAUUAGAUAAGCUCGAGGAGCAGAACGACCAGCUAAACGAACAACUCCGGUCUAUCCUUGCUGCUUCGGAAAGAAUCAAAAGCGGUAUGGAUUCCGUCAACAGUUUCGGUACCUCCAGCUCCAAUAGCGGGCAGGCAUAGCAGGCGAAUAAUACGAAAAGAAGAUAUAUAAUACAUAGGUGCUUGGUCAAUCAGGCUAAUAUUCAGUCUCGAACAGCUACUCAGACGCUUAGUUACAGUUGAAUGAAAAAUAUGUAAGAAAAUUGGCAUUGGUUAGGAACUUCAUGAAUCUUCUGCACUAAAUAUAGCCAAAAAUGAGGAAUGGCAUUGUACAAUUCACCGAACAUUGGACAGCAACUAAUUUACUUAGGAAAUAAGGUACUGCCUAUUGGAUGCGUCGACAUGGAAGUUUCAGAUUGAAAAUGAUGAUUAAUGUUAACAAGAGAUUUGAUACCGCCGGGAAAUGGUUGUAUCCGUUAAAGGCUGUGUUAAAACGGAAUUUAACAAAUCUGAUUUUAUGUGUGGGAUUUGGAAGCUAUGUAAACGCCCGUUUUGACAACUGCAAAAAGCUGAUAGUUAGAUCUAAUCAUAGUUUUUUGUUCAGAAGUGGGCUGUAGCUUAUAUUUCAUUUGAAGAUUACAUAAUAAAUGACGUGGAUUAGGCACGCCAUCUGCCAAACAUUUGAACAGAAACGUUAGCGUUGCUAUCUGGAAAAACACAAGUAUGUGAAAAAAUUUCUUGACAGUCCUUUAACAAGAUAUAAUUGUCAUAUUAAAGAAGAUAUUUAAUAACGUGCA